AUGCUACAAGUUGCAGUCGAGGAAGAGCACCUGGUGAAAACUGCACCAAAGACUGAAAUCACAGAGAUUACACCAGAUGAAACGCCGUCGGUAAAUGUUCUCUCCUCAGACUCCUUUCGAGCUGACGAUAUUCUCCGAUCAAAACUUUCCACUGACGAGAGCCUCACUCUUCCAGCACUUUUGCAGUCCUUACCUCCCAAACUUCCUCCUGAAAAGGGGACUCCUACGACGCUGAAAUCGCCCAACUUUCCACAAAUUAUUCCACCUGCUUUCUCUCCUGUUGUCUCCCUGAAACAUAUCACGCCUUUUGAACGUGCUGAAAAGCCGAUGUUCCGUGCUAGACGGUUGUCUGCUCCUCCACCACGAUUAGAUUCGAAUGCUCGAAAAUCUCCUUCACCUCCUCACAAUGCCCCUCCUGAGCGUCAAGAGAAACCCGAUGAAAAAAAGCAUGCAAACUCGAUGUCUCAAAGCUACCAUCCCUUUUCAACAUAUAGUUGGGAUAGCUGGGAACGCCCUCAAUUCCAAAGAGUUCCCGGAUGCCUUCCCUUUUCUGAUGGUGCUCUUUUGGAAAAUCGUGGAAUGAAUGGUUAUCAGCCAUCGAAAAAUGGAGAUAUAGGACAACAACGGCCGCCUACACUCUACUAUGACUACUACACUGGCCAGUAUAUACCUGGACCAGAUUUUCAAACGCACGGAAGGUAUGCAACCACUGGAAGAUAUCGUCGCAGAUCUAGGAAGCAUCAUCAUAAUCAUCGAUCUGUUGGAAACUAUUCCACUUAUGAUCAUGCGCGAUCGGCUUCACUUAUGUCAGGUCAUACACCUGAACAAGCAUAUCCUGUAAUGGAACAAGAGUUUCGAGGUGAUAUACAACUGCAACAACCACUUAUGCAUCCUCAUUUUGUUCAUACACGACCUUCAAUCAUGCCACUUUCGCCUAGGGUCCAACAAAUAUAUCAACCAAUGGUUGAAAGCAUGCAUCCUGCUUAUAGUGCUAAGAAACAACUUGUUUCCAGUGGAACAGAUGACACCCCCAUGCAGGUUGUUGAAACUAUUGGAAGAACGCCGAGGCGUCCCUCUAAAAUUCGUCCUAUCAAUGUGGCCCCGGUAAAUACAGCUUAUCUGGAAAGUGUACCCCCAAUAUUUGUACCCCAGACAAUGGUUUACCGUCAUGUUUCCCAGCCACCUUCUCAAACACUAGCUCCUAUUAGACAGGUCCAAGAAGAGCAACCUCUCCGAUACACCAGUGAUGUUGUGAGAUCGAUCAAUCGUCAAGCCUUCAAAAUUGGCCAAAAGGGUAGCAGAGAUGGAGCGCUGUCGCCAAGAGACCAUUAUCUGGAAGUAAUUAGUAAUGGAGUCCCCAAACCAACUGCGAGGGAGAUACCAGAAUAUCCUAAAGGACGACUGAAUGGUGGAGAUGAAAGGAAGAUUUCGGUAAAGGAUUUGGUGAAGAAAUUUUCGGUUCAAUCUGAUGACGACGUCUUUGUCAGAAAUUCGAGGAAUGAUGUUAAUAAUAAAGGGGGGUCGAGAAAUGGAAAUUAUGCAGAAGAUGGUACAUACCCAUUUCGUCGCUGA